AUCAGAGUCGACGAAUCAUAUUAUUAUUGAGGUCCGAACGAAACAACUAGAUUCGGCAUUUGAGGAGAUUGUGCAAGAUAACAUUAGUUGUGAGUGAUUUUAUGUGGAUUUGGAACCACCCACUACAGGAUUGAUGAAGGAGAAAAUUAAUCACACCACACAUCAUACAAUAUUUGAUCCGAUCAUUCAUGCUACAAUUUCUUUUACUUCUAAAAUUGAAUUCUUUUGAUUAUUGGACCGCGGUUCUCAUGGAUCCUCUCUGAACCGGACGGACAGGUGCACACCAAGCCCAACUGAAUGAAUGGGCUUUCUCCUUUGACCCUUUGGGUUCAGUUAAGGCCCAAUGAUAAGCCCGCAAGCAAACCAAGAAAGAAGCUCCUAAAUAUUUUCACCGGACGACGAAGCAAAAAUUGAAGAAUCCUGUUUUCGCGAGAACGAGGUGGUGAUUCGAGGGAAGGAAGUGAAAGCUGAAGCCGGAAGAUGCUGAGAAUCUGCACCAAGCUCCGCUCUUUAGCGGCGCAAUCCUCUAAUCGAUCUCCAGUCUUCCUACCCUCUUCUUCCCGUCGCCUUAUUCUCCACUCUUCUCCAUUGAUUUCAUGUAAAAGCCAACCACUCCAUUCCGCCGCUGCUUCUACUGCUUGGAGUCUUUGUGGGCAGCUCCUCAAUGCGUCUAAAUCGUCCCCUGUGUUGCCGUCUCAAUCUGUCUCAUCGCCUUUCUCUUUGGUGGGUGUCCGAGGUGUUUCAUCGAGGGAGCGGAAGAAGAGGAGGAAGCCCAUGACACCAGUCACCUCCAAAGUUAAGAAGAUAAAAAUGAAGGGUUACUCUUCCUUCAAGGGAAGAUUUCGUACCCUGAAUGAUGGGACUAUCCGGCGAUGGCACGAGGGUAAGAGGCACAAUGCACACUUGAAGUCGAGCAAAGCAAAGCGCAGGCUUAGAAAGCCCGCCAUAGUGCCAGCAGCUUAUGCAAAGGUCAUGAAGAAGCUUAAUUUUUGUGCGUGAAGUGAAGCAUGCAUCUUCUCUAUUCAACCAAUUUGGAUUCAGCCAUGGGCUGGGAGCGCUUGGAGUUUCGCUACGAAUGUAACACUGGUGGCUAUCUCAUAGUUCCCCCUCGAACUUUGUACUUCUGUUGGUUGACGAAGAUUCGAAAAUUUCCCAUUUUACACUUUGCUAGGUCAACCGUGCUCGUUGCAAUCUUAAAUCUUUCAUUUGCCAAGCUUGGUGGAGCUGUUACUGUCUUUAUUUUUCUGUUUUGCCUGUAAUUUUUUCACCAAGGUAGACUUCAGUUUAUCUCAUUUCCUAGAAAAAGAGGGUGUUCAGAGUCGAAAAAGUCAGAACCCGAACCAUAUGCGGUAAAGAAGCAAAUAAUAGUUUCCUUCAGGAUUUUCAGCAGGAGUUAGACAUGUCGACUUAGCAGUUAGCACUCUUUCACAGAAUAGAAUGCCUUAUGGGUAAGUUUUACACUCAGCAUGCAUCCUUUUUUCUGUAAGCAGACAGAGGAACGAACGGCCUGCACAAAGAAACACCAGCGAGUAUCGGAGAUGAAACAAGCAGCCAGCCAGAAAGUCUUUCCUUCUGUUAUGCUGUCUUUCCUUCCUGGAGUAACUAGUAUUGGUGAGGAGAAACUUUUCUUCUGCAAUUUAUUGUAGAAUGAUUUCCAGUAAGGAGAACUUCACGUCGACUUGCUUGCGAAUUUAUAACUCAGGAAGGUGCAAGUUUAGUUGGGUUUAAUUCUAUUGUAAACCACAGUAAACAUCUUGAUUUAAUUAUGAAAGACCAGGGUUUAAGAUUGCUCAAUUAUUAAAAUUAUUACUUGGUAUUGUUAUAGCAAAUAGGCAGACCCAGAACAAAGAAAUCUUCUUCAGAAGAAUUGAACUAGGAAUUGUGGGGCUGAUCCAAUUAAGGAACAACCCUCCAAAAAUAGACGUAUGCCUCUAUAAGCAGCGCGCACACGGUAUUCUUUAGUAAAAGGCGAAAGAAUAGUUCGCUAUGUGCUCACUGCAAGGCUGCGUGAAGAAAACAGUAACGCUGGAGUUGGGUUAUAUAGAAUUCUGCGUUAGGGAAGGCAGUGGUAUUAUGUCCAUCAUCGAUGUGGUAUUUAAUUGUGGGAAGGCCAUGAAUGCAACGCUGCUGCACUAGGAUAAGCUGUAGUAUGGAGAUUUUAGUCUCACCAGUCAAUAAGCUUGCAGAAAAUAACAUCUGCAAUUACCAUUUCGUUUUAUCUACCGGCAUGAAAGAUCGAAACCGGCCUUUGUCGAACCUCCUCUACUUAUUCCAAACUAGUUCAAAAAUGGCUACAAAUCUCAGAAAGCUGCCAUGGUUUUAGGAGUAUCAAAUCUGGCCCUUCAGGGGCAAAGCUAUUAUCUUUAACACAGAUAUAUGGAGAAGAUGAAGCCCCAUUUCUUAGGGUCUUGCUGAAGGAAUCCAAAAUUGUAAGAACUCUUUUCCCUCUGUGAUCCUUUCUAGUCUCUAGUUCCAGUGGUGAAUUCUCUUUCAGCUACAUGGUUUUUGAAGCUGUUCAGUCUGGUUGUCAAAUCUGCUUCCAAAGCUGAAAACUUUUGUCUAUGUUUGUUUGGAGUUUCGAAAAAAGAAGGCAGCAAAUGUGUAGAAUCUUAGCUCGGAACUAGCUUUCUUCUGUUGGCCUGCACACUGAUUUGGCAAUAGGUUGUUGUUGAAUGAGGUCAAAAGUUGAGGAGGAAAUUGUGUUGAACAGAACGUUCAAGUGCUCAAUUCAUUGCCAAGGUUUGUUUCUAAUCCAUGAUUAUUAGUUCAGGAUAUGCAGAAGAAGACUAACGCAGAAUUAUUCUUCUCCCAAAAUUUCUGCAGCGAAGCGUAUGCAGAAGAAGAACAAAAUGACGGUGGAGAAGAAAAGAGAAAGGAAAAAAACUGGCUUCUCCAUUGAAGCAUGUUCCCACCAGGGUUGAGAGAGACCAAGCCAUCCAUGGAAGACCGAAAUGCGUUGUACCUUUCAGUGUCAAGAUAUAUAGUAACUUGGAUUGGUGUGCAGAUAAAUCAUCGUUUGUUUUUCAGGACCUUGUGCAAUUUAUUUUAGAAAUGACUGCCCUUUUGUGGUGUUUGCUGGAAACUUGCUUCCAGACUUACUACUCAAGAAGCUGGUAAACAAGAAACCAUCAAGCUGCUGUACUAAGAAUUGAUGGGGUUGAACCAAUUAAGGUACAACCCUCCAAAAAUAGACGUAUGCCUCUAUAAGCAACGCAUACACGGUAUUCUUUAGUAAAAGGCGAAAGAAUAGUUCGCUAUGUACUCACUGCAAGGCUGCGUGAAGAAAACUGGACAGUUCGAGUAGGCUUUAUAUAGAUCACUGUGCCAGUGAAAGCAGUGCGUCUUACGUUCAGCAUCGAUGUGGUGUUUAAUUUUUCGGGAGGUACCGGAUGCAAAUGCUGCUGGCAUUAGGAUACGCUGUAAUGUGUUAGAUUUUACUCUCCCCAGUCGAUUAAGCUGCAGAAAAUUACAUCCGAGAUUCUCAUUGUGUUUACCCAGAGCCACAGCACCAAAGAUCGAAGCCCGUCUUUGCUCAUAUCAAUAAAGGAAUUCUGCUCAAGCAGAUAGUCAGUUCUGUUGUAUCAACACAAAGCUGUUUCACAGCUCUGCAACAGGGAAUUCUAGAGAAAAGACAUUUCUAUUGGAAGCAGGUUGGCAGUUCUGCAAUGCUUCACGUUUAGGAAUAGAUCCAGAAUCCAGACAUUUUUAUCAUUAUUUAGUAUAGUUAUUUAGUAACCUGGUACCAAAUACACAACUUCAGAACCAAAAGCAGAGCACCACUGACUGAUAUAAAAAUUAAACUAGGUAUUGUGGGGCCUGAUCCAAUUAAGGAACAAACCCUCCAAAAAUAGACGUAUGCCUCUUUA